AUACAACGAGAUUCUUCCAGCUACACAGCACACAAUGCCAUCAAAGCGCCGCGGACUGCCGUCCAAAGCGCCUGUCAAACGUCCAUCGAAGCUCGCCAAAGAAAACGGCCUGACUGCAGAGCAAGAGGCUGAAAUACGCGAGGCAUUUGGCCUGUUUGCCGUUUCGCAUCCUGACCAUGAAGAUUCAAAAGAAGGCGUACUAAAGAGAGGCGAUGUGCGAAGAUGCCUGAUCUCUCUCAACCUCGCACCAGACAAAUCAGAAGUGCCAUCCAUUCUAUCUACAAUCGAUCCCCUCAACACUGGCUUUGUUAGUUUCAUACCUUUCUUGUCAUACGCCGCGAUCGCAAUACAUUCCAAGGACCAGGGGUCUGACGAGGACGACGAGGAAGAUGAAUACCGAGAGGAGAGUAAUGCAGAAGAGGUCAAAGCAGCAUAUCGGCUGUUUACGCACGGUACUGCGGGCCCCAUUACACUGGCGCACCUUAGGAGGGUUUCCAAGGAGUUGAGAGAAGACGUGCCAGAUGACGUCUUGAAGGAUAUGAUUCUUGAGGCGAAUGGCGGGGUCAAGGGUCAGGGUAAGGACGCUGGUGGUGUCAGUCUUGAGGAUUUUGAAAGCGUGAUGAAGAGAGCCGGGCUGUCUUUUGGAUGAGAGACGAUGAUGCAAGGAACGAAAACACGAUAGCAUGAAGUUUUACAUGCAGGCAUGGAUACGUCGAGGGAAGCCUCGAGCUGCAGUCUUCCAAAGCCUUGGAUCUACGAAAGACAGCCGGUGGAAACCU